AAUGCAGUGAUACGCCGUACUGUACAUUACUUACACCGGUCAGCUGCGCAUGUAAUGGAUCUAUUUAACUUAUCUCCUGCUCAAAGAUUUUACUUUUCAUCGCUUCUCUUUCUUCUUAAUCUGUUUGGACUUCGUUCGCGACUUUUUAAGAUACGAAGUUUAAGGAGUGACUGACAUGGAUUGAGUUUGGAUUGCAGCUGUUCGCGUUCAACUUUAUAACAAACUUGAUGGUUCUUGUCUUGGAUCUAGUCUGUAUUUAAAGGAAAUAAUCAUGCCUGAUCAGUUGACUGUAUCAGAGUUUAUGGACAUUACUAAUGAGGACUAUAAAGCACCCACGACGUCAGUGUUCUGCACGCGCAUGGCUCACUGUCGCAAUACAGUGGCCGCUUUGGAAGAGGCGUUGGAUCUGGACCGCAAUGUACUGCACAAAAUGAAGAAGUCAGUCAAAGCCAUAAACACCUCUGGUCUAUCUCACGUAGAGAAUGAGGAACAGUACAUCCAGGCACUGGAGAGGUUUACGGAUAACACAGUGUAUAAAGACGACCCUGAGAUGUCCAAUUACUUCCUUACAUUUGCUGGUUUGACCAAGGAGCUCACUGGCCUUUUCAAAAACCUGCUGCAGAACAUGAAUAAUAUCAUCACUUUCCCACUAGACAGUCUGCUAAAAGGAGACCUCAAAGGAGUAAAAGGGGAUUUGAAAAAGCCUUUCGAUAAAGCAUGGAAGGAUUAUGACACCAAACUAAACAAGAUUGAGAAAGAAAAGCGUGAACAUGCCAAACAACACGGCCUGAUCAGGACCGAGAUCAGUGGAGGAGAGAUCGCAGAAGAGAUGGAGAAGGAGAGACGCCUCUAUCAGCUUCAGAUGUGUGAGUAUCUCAUUAAGGUCAACGAAAUUAAAGUCAAAAAAGGAGUUGACCUGCUCCAAAACCUCAUCAAAUACUUUCACGCUCAGUGCAAUUUCUUUCAUGAUGGGAUAAAAGUUGUAGACAACCUGAAACCUUUCAUGGAAAAACUUGCCACAGACCUGACAGCAAACAAGCAAACACAAGAUGCAGAGAGGAAACAGUUGAUGCAACUGAAGGAGGUUCUGAAAUCUGCGCUGCAAUCCGAGUCUAAGGAUGAUGGUCAGUCGAAGCAGAAUGCAGGGUACAGUCUUCAUCAGCUGCAGGGCAAUAAAGCUCAUGGCACCGAGCGAACUGGGUUCCUCCUCAAGCGCAGUGAGGGAUUGAGGAAAGUUUGGCAAAAAAGAAAGUGCUCUGUGAAAAAUGGAUUGCUGACCAUCGCUCAUGGAACGGCCAAUGUGCCGCCAGCGAACCUCAACCUCUUAACCUGCCAAGUGAAGCGAAGCAUGGACGAGAAGAAAUGUUUUGAUCUCAUAUCUCAUGACAGAACGUAUCACUUCCAGGCAGAGGAUGAAGCAGAGUGUCAAGUCUGGGUCUCCGUGCUCCAGAACAGUAAAGAAGAAGCGUUGAACAAUGCCUUUAAAGAUGACCAGAACGAGGGUGAGAACAACAUCGUACGGGAGUUGACAAAGGCUAUCGUGGAAGAAGUGAAGAAGAUGAGCGGCAAUGACGAGUGCUGUGACUGCGGAGCUUCCAAUCCAACAUGGCUCUCCACAAACCUGGGCGUGCUCAUUUGUAUCGAAUGCUCUGGAAUCCACCGGGAAAUGGGUGUUCACUAUUCCAGGAUACAGUCUCUGACACUGGAUGUAUUGGGCACGUCUGAGCUCUUGCUUGCUAACAGUGUGGGCAAUGCAGGCUUCAAUGAAAUCAUGGAGGCAAACCUAUUGUCAGAUGAAAUCCCCAAACCCAACCCUUCUAGUGACAUGCAGGUACGAAAAGACUUCAUCACAGCUAAAUACACAGAGAAGCGGUUCGCUCAGCGGAAGUACGCAGACAACGCAGCCCGUUUACACGUACUCUGUGAUGCGGUGAAGACCCGGGACAUCUUCUCAUUGGUCCAGGUGUAUGCAGAGGGAGUUGACCUGAUGGAGACAAUCCACCUGCCUAAUGAACAUGAACCGGGCGAGACUGCGCUUCACCUUGCAGUACGAAUGGUGGAUCGAAACUCCCUCCAUAUUGUGGAUUUUCUCGUUCAAAACAGUGGGAAUCUAGACAAACAGACCGCUAAGGGAAGCACAGCCCUGCACUACUGCUGCUUGACCGACAACACUGAAUGUAUGAAGCUGCUUCUGCGAGGAAAGGCGUCUGUCACCAUUACCAACGAUGCUGGAGAAACUCCUCUGGAUCUGGCCCGACGUCUCAGACACUCAAAGUGUGAAGAAUUGCUGACCCAAGCACAGACAGGGAAGUUUAACGUCCAUGUGCAUGUGGAGUACGACUGGCGUCUGCACAACGAAGAUCUGGAUGAGAGCGAAGAUGAGAUGGAGGACAAGCCCAUCCCUAUCAGGCGAGACGAGCGUCCCGUCAGCUGUAUUGUUCCAGGCACCGGCUCUAUGAUGCCCAACAUGAGCGCGCUGGCUCGGGAUGUGGUGAACGCUGUCAAAGACAAGCAGAGGGCUUUCAUCCCCAGCAUGAUUUGCAAUGAGACUUACGGCACCAUGCUUGACGUUAGCCCUCCGCCACUUGGGUUACCAGGAGCAGCUGGUCUCUCUCUGCCCCCUCGCACCUUGGGAAGGGGGUGGAGUCCUCCUAUGGAGGUGAUUGGAAGGCAGAGGUCAUCUUCAGACCCUUCAAAUCCUCAGAGUUCAGAGAAGAACGGCUCUGUGUACGUGCUCCCUCCUGUUCCUCCACCUCCUCCUGCACCCAAGAGGCCACCGCCCCCAGAUCCAAAGGCAACUCUUCCCCAAGGACCUACGGUUCCACCCCCACCGUCCUUUAUACCACCUGCCCCAGGCAGAACGGUGCCCGUAGUGCCACCUGCUCCAGUGUUGCCUCCUUCAUUUUCUUAUAAACCCGCACCUCCGCCUGUGCCCACACCGCCUAAAGCUCCUACACCCAAACCAAUAAAAUCACCAUCUAGGGAUCCUGGUGGUGCUUUUAGUAAAGAUGCAAAUAAAGCAGCACCUAGCAUUCCCCGACCAAGUGACAAAACAGACUCUGGUUCAUCGGCUGCCUCUGCGCUGACCCCGGCCCCCAAACCCAGAACAGCUGUACCCAAACCAAAACCCAAGAGGGUAAAGGCAAUCUACAACUGUAAGGCUGAUAACCCAGAUGAGCUGACCUUUACUGAGGGAGAGGUAAUAAUAGUGGAUGGAGAGGAGGACAAGGAGUGGUGGGUGGGCCACAUUGACGGGGAGCCAAACAGGAAAGGGGUUUUCCCCGUUUCAUUUGUACACUUCAUCACUGACUGAUGUUGCAGACCGCUGUCUGGCUAUAGAAACAGGAACAGAUGUUUCGUGUGACAGAGCCACGGACUUCUACAACUGGCCAUAUGGAUUUUAAAGGUGUCUGUAUGGUCGAAUGGGAGCAUGUGAGACAUUCACGAACUGGCAUCUCAAAAAUGCACGGGAUAACAUCAGAUAAUUGCUCUCAGGACUGCUACUAUAUGCUUCACCUCGAUCCAUGUUUUGGUUUAAUAACAGAGACAAAAAGAAAUAUUCUGAUUUUGAGUGCAAUUACCUCUAACUUUAAUGCAGAAAUUGUGUAUGAGCUGUGAUCCGUGUACUAUGCAUUAUAUGUGAACUGUUAUUAUAUACAUUUUAAUACUGUUAGAUCCUUACUACAGUUUUUAUGUACAUUACACACUCAGUUGCAGCGCAACUUUCAUGAUGUUAAGCAGUUAGUUAGGUGACAUAGUAAACCAUGCAGCUUUCAUCCAAGUAUUUUCUUGAAGUGCUGUUACUGAACAAGCCAAUAAACCUUUUACUAUAUACAUUUUAAA